CUGACAUCCGUCUCAAACACGCCGGUAAGAACACUAUCCCCGUGUCUCAAGACACUUAAGAUAAAGGUGCAAGUGUGGAUUAAUCGUUUUCUUGAUAGACAUGGACUCGAACCUAAGUCGUGGAUGCCGCAUUUGUUUUUAAAUCUAGGUUCAGAACUUGGUGCGCCAGAGAGACGCCAGCCCGUCGUUAUUUGUAAUGAUCACUAGUAAAUAUAUUACGUACUAAUUAAUGCUGAAAUUUUACUAAUUUUAUUUCAUUUAGCUGUUCUUAAAUUAAUUUAAUUACUUUAUUUUUUUGUGUGGACAAAUGCUAAAUUUUGAACAAUAAAACGCCAGUUGGACGAAUCUAUAGUAUUACAUUGGCUUCUUAUUUUGUUCAGGUUAGAUGCUGGGGUGUUGCAAAAUUUUAUUUAUUUCUUAAGUUUUCUAGCCCUGUGGGAGUUACUCGUCUUAGACAUCCAAUGAUUUACAGCGUUACCCAAAACUGAGUGGGAUGAGAUGACGUCACUUCAAACGUAGUCAGGAAUAUGCAACUCCGUGCAGUGAAAACAUUUUUAGAGCCGUUGAUACAAAGAGAGAAACCUGGAAGUUUAAUUUCAGAUACCGAAGCAAAAAAAAAACUCAAGGCCUACCAGAGGCGGCACCAAUUAUGGCCAUGCGCUGAGUUGGUGUAGCAGCUUUGCUCUAACUGUCUGUAACAUCAAUUUCUAGACUGUUCUUAACAUCAAUGUCUAAACUUCUUUUAACAUCUAGUCAGAGCAAUUUUUAAAAAUUUCGCAUGCAUUGAAAUUAAACGAUUAAAAAAAAUUAAUUUUAAGCUAAAAAAAAAACCGUUAGAUAAAUUAAAAAAAAAAAAGUUUAUUAAACCGAGAAAUAAAAAGAAUUAUUUAGGUCCUAUGUGAGCUAAGAUAUGUAGGUCAACAGGUCAAUAGCCCAACGUAUACAAAAAUAGAAGAAAAAAUGAUCUUCCUUUAUCUAAAAGUCAAAUGAACUUACUUGGUUCACAGUUAUAAAGAAGUUAAUUGUGAAGAGUUAAAUCAAACAGAAUUUGAGACUCGUAGAUAAUUGCUACUUCGACUUUUGUUCCACCGGUAAGCUCCAAAUUUCUUAACCAUUUAUAUAAUUCUGUAAACGUAAAUUGUUCCGUUUACGAUGGAGAAACUUUGACACGUAAGGAUGCCACCAAAAGUUAACAAAUAGGAGGUUAACAUCUGAGCGGUUUAUCCAUUUUGGAGGGGUGGGGGGAUCUUUCAAUGUCGAGUAGGGUAGGUGCAGCUGUUGAAAAGAGAUGGACAUAUUACAAAUGCACCGAACACGUAGAUCUGAUUACCCACUUUUAAAAUAAUUUAACAUACGUGAAUAACUGAAUAUGUAAAGCGUCUGCCCGUCUGUUCACAGCCACUAUGCUGACCUGGGUCUACCUAGCUGCUGCCAUCUGCACUGCCUCCGCCUUCCUACGGUACCAGGGUGCCAUACCUAACGGAGAUAUUGUCCCCGACCCUUGCCGUAUCGGCGACUGGCCAGGUGUGGGCCAUUUUUCUUCCAAUGGCGCCGGACCCCGAAAUGAAUUUGGCCUGGUAACACACAUUUAAUUUUAAUUUGACAUUUGAAUACUUACUAAGAUCAUUAUUUAUUUCAACUUAAAACAAUUUUGUUUUCCGGCACCAGUCCGUCACAAUGUGACGAUGGUGUGGACUUCGCAGCAGGAAAUCACAAGGCCUGGCAUUUUUUUCUUUAGGAGGAUAAGCUGGUACCUUAGACUGCCAAUCGCCUCUCUCUACGCAACUGGCUAACCCAAGGGAACACCCUACAUGAUUGAUACAGUAGCGUCGCAUGAGUUGUCGGACUUCAUCCAUUGUAUUAAUGUGUCCGCAUACGGCCUACGGGACUCCUUCUCCGGGUUUUGAUUCAGAGUUUCCUUCUCAUAGUUGCCACCCAAUGUUAACGAGCCCCAUUCAACCCGGGGUACUGGUGGUGUUUUUGCUUGACUUGGUCUUUGGUGGGGAUUGAACUCCCGACCACAAGCUUGGAAUAGAUAAUCAAGCUAUUGAGAGAGUUUAACACAAGCAAAAACAUAAGAGCCAAUAUAACCGUUUUCAUACAUUAUUAUUGAACGGUAACUCUGUAUAGGAAUCGCUUUUUAAAUUUACACUAAUUCGCAUUUGCCGCUAAGCACACGGAUCUAUUUCAAACAGUCUGAACAGAAGCGACAGUUGCAUCACAAUCUUUUGUACCAAAAGCGACCACAUCCCACGCGAGCAGGUGUAAAGGUUAUAUGCACACCCCCACACUCCCCCCCCCCUCAACCCCUGGUGGAAGAGCUAAAAAAAAAAUCAAUAAAGAAGUCAUGAAAAAUGAAUUUAUUGAUUGUUCAUUUGGCAGCCUUUUUUUUUAGGCCUGAGAAUCUAAAUGUUGUGUUAUAACGUACAAUAAGUGAGCUAGAUCUAUAUAGCAAAAUGGACACUCGCUAAACACUGGUUAAGAUAAAAAGUGUCCAGAGAAACAUUGUAAACAACUUGCCUUUUUUUUAAAACGGUAAUACUUUUCUUAUCCCAGAGACUACAUGUCCCAACAUAAUCUUCAAAUGACCCUCUCCUCCACAGUCUCCCAAUUCCAUAUGGGUAUUCUUUAUCCCUUUCCGGUCGGCAUAGCUGGAAUAUUUAUGGUCAAACAUAAAGAAAUUUUAAUUAAUAAAUCUGGCACCAGGGACCGGUCCCUGGCGCGAUGUUGAAAGUUGUGCCCCGGUCCGUCAAGUUUGAGAAAGGCUGCUCUAGAUAACGUUCACUCACAUACUAUCUUUAGUAUGGACCAUCAUAAGUGGAGCUGCAAGUAUUUCAACGAUGAUAUAACGAAUCCACUAGAAUUAUCCACAUAUAUGUCAGCAAGAUGGAGUCAGCUCAAUAUGGAGUCACCUCAAUAUGGAGUCACCUUAAUAUGGAGUCACCUUAAUUUGGAGUCACCUUAAUAUGGAGUCACCUCAAUAUGGAGUCACAUCAAUAUGGAGUCACCUUAAUAUGGAGUCACCUUAAUAUGGAGUCACCUUAAUAUGGAGUCACCUCAAUAUGGAGUCACCUUAAUAUGGAGUCACCUUAAUAUGGAGUCACCUCAAUAUGGAGUCACCUUAAUAUGGAGUCACCUUAAUAUGGAGUCACCUUAAUAUGGAGUCACCUUAAUAUGGAGUCACCUUAAUAUGGAGUCUCCUUAAUAUGGAGUCACCUCAAUAUGGAGUCACCUUAAUAUGGAGUCACCUUAAUAUGGAGUCACCUUAAUAUGGAGUCACCUUAAUAUGGAGUCACCUUAAUAUGGAGUCUCCUUAAUAUGGAAUCACCUUAAUAUGGAGUCAACUUCAUAUGGAGUCACCUCAAUAUAGAGUCACCUUAAUAUGGAGUCACCUUAAUUUGGAGUCACCUUAAUAUGGAGUCACCUCAAUAUGGAGUCACCUUAAUAUGGAGUCACCUUAAUAUGGAGUCACCUUAAUAUGGAGUCACCUUAAUAUGGAGUCAUCUUAAUAUGGAGUCACCUCAAUAUGUUGUCAUCUCAAUAUGGAGUCACGUCAAUAUGGAGUCACGUCAAUAUGGAGUCACGUCAAUAUGGAGUCACCACAAUAUGGAGUCACCUCAAUAUGGAGUCACCUUAAUAUGGAGUCACCUCAAUAUGGAGUCACCUCAAUAUGGAGUCAACAAUAUGGAGUCACCUCAAUAUGGAGUCACCUUAAUAUGGAGUCACCUCAAUAUGGAGUAACCUCAAUAUGUAGUCACCUCAAUAUGGAGUCACCACAAUAUGGAGUCACCUUAAUAUGGAGUCAACUUAAUAUGGAGUCACCUUAAUAUGGAGUCAUCUUAAUAUGGAGUCACCUCAAUAUGUUGUCAUCUCAAUAUGGAGUCACGUCAAUAUGGAGUCACCUCAAUAUGGAGUCACCUUAAUAUGGAGUCACCACAAUAUGGAGUCACCUCAAUAUGGAGUCACCUUAAUAUGGAGUCACUUAAUAUGGAGUCACCUUAAUAUGGAGUCACCACAAUAUGGAGUCACCUUAAUAUGGAGUCACCACAAUAUGGAGUCACCACAAUAUGGAGUCACCACAAUAUGGAGUCACCACAAUAUGGAGCCACAACAAUAUGGAGUCACCACAAUAUGGAGUCACCACAAUAUGGAGUCACCACAAUAUGGAGUCACCACAAUAUGGAGUCACCACAAUAUGGAGUCACCUUAAUAUGGAGUCACCUUAAUAUGGAGUCACCUUAAUAUGGAGUCACCUUAAUACGGAGUCACCUUAAUAUGGAGUCACCUUAAUAUGGAGUCACCUUAAUAUGGAGUCACCUUAAUAUGGAGUCACCUUAAUAUGGAGUCACCUUAAUAUGGAGUCACCUCGCGUUUAAAGAUUAUCGGUUAAAACAGACACACACAAAACAAAUGUUGUCCGGUAAAGGAACUUUACUUCUUAAAAAAUAUUUGUCCAAAAGAAAGCAAUUAACAAUUACUUGGGGUGCACACACACUCACAGAAACACGCGCGCGCGCGCACACACACACACACACACACACACACACACACACACACACUCACGGACACUCACGCACACACACAAUAACAAAAGAAGUCGCUGGAAAUCUAAACAUGAAAAAAGAACACAAAAAUAAAACAGUAAUUACUUUGUUGAAGAUCUCUUUCACUUGCUCAUCGUCUCGACUGACCACUACCUGGACAUCCCUUGUAGUCUUUCUGGAUGCGGCAAGACAAUGCUGUCAUCGCUUGUGGAGACGGUUGUUGGGCUUGGCACAGACUACAAAGUGUUAACUUUUGACUAACGCGGGCUAACGAAAGAAUGGAAUUUUUCUUUUUGGAAAGAAAGCAUUCUGGUAUUACAGCAGUGGUCAUUAGACUUUCAUGACCUGGUCUGGAAUGACUGCUCAACUUCUGUUCAAAUUUUCAUAAAUGCAAGUGAAAAAAAAAAAACUUUGGCAAUUUGUUUCUUUUUAAAGCUGGUUUCUAAAGCUUUUAUGUAAUCAGUGAUCAUUCGCUUUAUUCAACAGGAUUUCGCAGCGGCUGGCCACGUCUGGACACAGUCAUUAUGCCAGAAAGAUUCUGACAGGGAUGGAAGGACCAAUGGUCAGGAAUUAGGUGACCCGACCUGCCGCUGGACACCGACCUCCACGAUAAGUUUAGCAGCGCCUACAACCCAUCCAGGUAAUUUAAAGUCGUAGCUUGCAGGCAUAUACAACUGUUGCUAUCGUAAGCCCCUAAACAAAGUCAUUGUAUAACUACUGCUGCCAUGACAGCCAUGACAAAAGUCAUUCUUAAUACGGCAGCUAACGUAGCCAAAAACAAAAAUCAUUUUUGAGACUGCAGCUGCCGUCUAUCCUAUAAAAUGAAGUCAGCUUAACGAACCUGAUCCAUAUAACGAAUGAGGUCAUCCAGCCACCGAAAAGUCAAUACGUUUGUUUAUCUUAAACCACUCGUUUUCUUUCUUUCAUCCUCAGGCAUCUGUGAGCCCAUAGGUAGCAGCGCAUGCGCGUGGCAAGCUUUCCUGUGCUGAGUGCCAGUGUUGUCCUGUUAGGUGCAUUUUAAUCAAUUAAAAUAGUUCUUUUGGAAGACAACGUAAUUUAAACUGUUUUUUUUUUAACAGUGAGACCGAGCUGACAUCUUUGAUUCCAAAAUCUAUUACAGAUUAUUAGGAGUUAUGGUGAUUUGUUUAUUUUAUAAUGGCUGUUUAACUUGUGUCUGAGAAAAGUUUUUUGUGUGUGUUAAAUAUGAAUGCAUUAUGGUCAAAUGUUUUAUUUGCCAUUUGUGUCAACCAAGACCCAAGAGGUGUGCUGAUGACGUCACCACUGAAUUAUGCGGAACGUGCUAAUAAUUUUAUUUCAAAAAUUAUUUUUGCCUUUUUAUGAUAAAUAAAAAAAAAUA